UGGAAAAUAAUGUAGAAUUUUGUCGUUUAAAAUCACUUUCGCUCUGGAGUCCAACCUCUCCCUUUCUCCCCGCCGCCGCCGCUUCUCCCACCACCACCAUCCACCAUGGCCGCGGCGCCGACGGCCGCGUUGGAGAGCCUGGUACUUGUGCACAACGUGGCGAAGCGGCACAACGUGGGGACGCUGGCCCGCAGCGCCACCGCCUUCGGCGUCUCCGAGAUCGUCCUCGUCGGCCGCCGCGACUUCAACGCCUUCGGCAGCCACGGUUCCACCUCCCACCUCCGCUUUCGCCACUUCUUCUCCCUCUCCCAAGCCCGCCUCUACCUCAAGGAGGAGAGGGAUUGCGACAUUUGUGGGGUGGAGAUCACCGACGGCGCCAUCUCAGUGACCCAACAUCCGUUCAAGAAGAGUACUGCUUUCCUCCUCGGCAACGAGGGUACGGGUUUAUCGGAGAAGGAAUGCGAGAUUUGUGACUUCUUUAUUUACAUCCCGCAGUAUGGUGGUGGGACUGCAUCACUCAAUGUUACGGUUGCAGCAUCAAUUGCUCUACAUCAUUUUGGAGUUUGGGCAGGCUUUCCUGAAAGAAGCCGAGAGGGAAACAAGUUCACCGUAGCUGAGAAACCUCUCAAGCAGGUUAGAAGGAACUAUUGUGCAGAUUCAAUUGAAUCUGUGAUCGAGGAGAGGAAGAGUAGAAAGGAAAUUGCUGCCUGUGAUAUUUUUGAAGGGAACGGCACUAAUGACUUGCAGGCAACAAAUCUUUUAGAAGCACUGUUUGAUGGUUAAGUAGACCAACUGCUGCUUCAAGAAUUUUGUAUUCCAACUGCGGUGGUGAACUAAAGAAGGUGGCUGUGAAUGUGAUGCGACAAGCCACAUGGCAAGAAGGAGCUGCAUAUGCACUAACAAACUGACGAAUUAUGCGUGUCGGUCAUUCUAAUCUGUAAUGAUAUAGUAUUAUUUAAUUUCUCAUGUGUUAUGUUGAUGUCAGGUUUUUACAUGUUUUAACAUCAGGUUGAUUCCUAAGGAUUCAAAUGACUAUCCAUGUUUUAACAUCAGGUUGAUUACUAAGGCUUUUACAUGUUUAUGAACUA